UUGUCUUAGGUUUGCUUUUGCCGCCCCGAUUUGCCUUUGCCACCUCACUCGUCUUUUCUCUUCUCCUCAACGUCCUCAUCUCCGGCCACCGUCGACUCCUCCUCAGUGUUCUCAUUGGUCGCCAGUCGAGUUACUCCAUCAUCCAGUCACCGUUCGUCACUGUUUCGGAGCCGCAUCGCCUUUAGCCUUGCUCUUUUCUGACCAUUACACCUCCAAUCUUAGAUUAGGGGCCAAAUUGAAGUGGGGAAAGCGUAUAAUCCCAGGGGAUUGAGUCAUUAAUAAUCCAAUAUUAUCAAUCUUCGGAUUGGAAUGAAGAAAUACAGUAGUUCUGUUCCCAGCUCUGGCAAACAAAUCAUGGAGGAAGAAAGUGAAGAUCUUGAAUCUUCUUCCUCAGAUGAAUCUCUUGACUCGGAAGAGGAGAAUAUAGAGCGUGAACUUGCAGAUGUAACUUUUGAAGAGUUACAAAGAGCACGGUCUGAUGGAUCACAUUCCAUGUACCAAAAGACCAAACAAGAGAAGAAAGGUGGGCGGGCGAACAAGAACAGGCCAAUGGAGGUUAGCAGCAGGAAACCAGUUAGUAGGUUUAGGGAGGUCAUUCAGGCUCCAAAACAUAUGGUACGUGAUCCACGUUUUGAAUCUUUAUCUGGUACUCUUGAUGUUGAUGGAUUUAAGAAGAGAUAUAGUUUCAUAUACGAGAAAAAUCUUCCGGCUGAAAAAGAGGAACUGAAAAAGCAGUUAAGGAAAACAAAUGAUCCAAAUGUUGCUGAAGAACUAAAAAAGCAAUUAUCUUGGAUUGACAAGCAAUUCAAAUCCGAUUCCACAAAACGUGUUGAUGCUGCAAUUCUGGCCAAACAUAAGAAGAAAGAGAGAGAAGCAGCCAAACAUGGGAAGAAGCCCUUCUAUCUUAAGAAAUCUGAAAUUCGAAAGCAAAGGCUUGUCGAAAAAUACACCAAUCUUAAGUCCACUGGGAAGCUUGAUGCUUAUGUGGAAAGAAAGAGGAGGAAAAAUGCUGCAAAAGAUCGUAGAUACAUACCAUAUCAAAGGUCUAGUAAGCUUGAUGAGCAAGAUUGAAGGUUAAAACAGGUAUUUUCAUGCUUGCUUUAAGGAGAUUCAUGUUCCAUAUUUUUUUUUUAAAUUUAGCCUCACCCAAGAUUUUACUUGUCAUUUCUUGGGUUAUUGCAGAAGCAGGAUAGAGAUAAGUUUUAAUUUGUUAUAACGUCAUGUAUUGCUUGAUAUGUAAAUCUGAUGCUAGAUUCCCAAAAUUUGAAAGAACUUCUUGCCUUCUUUUAGUUUCA